AUGAGCAGCGAAUAUCUCAUCUAUCGACUGGAACUUCUGGUCCUCUUGCUCACUUUGCAAUGCUGCUUUUGUAAACGAGAGCUAGAGAUCCCGCUGGCUCCCUACAAUGUGAAGGUGAUUUUGAAGUCCUUGGACAGUUCGAAAUAAGACUAGUGAAGUACCUUAACGAAGAAUAUUUGAGAUUGAAGUUUUAUUUAUCUACUGUAUUUGGGAAGAGUCUCGCACGGCAAAAGCCUUUUCGGCACCACCUUGUCACGUUUUUAUGCCAAAGAUACCGUUAACAAAAUUUAUUCAAAUUUGACUCAACUUCGCUUCAAUGUCUUUUUUUUGCUAGUUUUUGGAGAAACUGUUUUAAAAAAAAACUGUUUAUUGCAUCUUCAAUGUAAGAAUACAUGUGCGAUCGACUUUCAUUGAGUUAACUGUGUUUAAACGGCGGCAGGAGCUGUGGCUUAUGCAGAGAAGUUGUGUAAUUCGCUCGUAGAACAUCAGGUACAAGAGAGGUCGUAGGAAGAAGUACGGUGCCGGCUUUCCAAAGGCCGAUAGCAGAGAUUGAGCCUUUUCACUGCAUGCAGCUUCCAAUAUUAUCUACCCCGGAGGGAUGAAAGGCUUGGUCGGCCUCGGAGGGACUCGAACCUACGACCUUGCGGACGUUAGAAAUGAGUCUUACCAGCUGAGCCAUGUCGCCCCAUUUGGAGAAACGGCAGCUUUUUUUUUUCAUUGAAAAAAAACGUGACCAUCUUGCGCAGAAUCAACUAUAAGUAGAAAACAAUACUCAAGUUUAUGAAAGAAGAGAAAAUGCAUUCAAAAAAUCUGGGGUUUAUUCAAAAGAAAAGUUGUGCCGCAGAAUAAAGUUCUUAGUUGCUUGCAGGUAAUGUGUCGGCAAGGCCGUCGUUACUCCAAACAAGCCAAUACUCCAAUACUAUGUGCUUCUUCUUCGACGUCUUGCGGCUACGUCGAGUUUGACAUGGCAGACCCAGUAAGCCUAGCUCCAACAGUGAGUUUUUGUUUUUCGCAAGUCAUUUUUCUUCGAAAACCAAAGGUGGGAGUGUACGACUGCGUCGACAGCGGGAUUCUUGAAGCUGAAGGCGAUGCUAGCAACGAAAUAGAUCGUACUUUUGAAAAGGUAUCAUUCGUAAUGGAAGCAAAAGUUGAAAAAGAUCGUCUUCAAGCCGCUAUUUUCCGAGCUGUGCGGCGCGACUCCUCGUUGUUCGAAGCUCACUUUGGAGCAGCUCAACCCAGCAUUUGUCAAAUACCUAAUCUCCCAGGUUUUUUUUUCAUUUCAAGUUUCAAGGUACUAAAAUGUUUCAGCAUGAGGUGAACAUCGAAGGCAUGCCAGACAUGUCAAUUCGCUUCUGCUGUUCCCUCUUCCAGUCGACACUUCAAAAAUUGGUACAGUCGGGCAAAGACUUUCUCCGUGAGUACAUUUUGUCUUUGCUUGAUAACCUUAGUUUUUGCUUGAACGGCUUGUGACGGAGCUUUAGUUCAAAAAAAAAACUGAUCAUGAGAUCGUUCCAGCGGUUGUGCCGACAGCUCCGGUCCGUUGUUUCCACGAAGAAUGCAGUUCCGGCGCCGUCGGCUGCCUUCUCCACACAGUUCAUGAAGAAUACGACUACGAUGGUUUCCCCCUGACAAAACUUCAUUACUAAUACUUUACUUAGAAGAAGAAAGAUUAAAAAUAAAACGUGUGCGUCGUUUCUACAAUGACGAUGAUGAUGAAGAAAACGAGUAUGUAGACGCUGUCGAGGUGAAUAACUUUUCAGAUCCGGAGAUAACUUUAUAGUUUCAGCUCACCCUAGAUGACGUCGACUUUGAAGUUGAAACACAACCAAAAAACAACGUUGUGGUGUCUACAACAAAGACUCCAAAGCCCACUAUGCCUUCCUUGAAUCUUCCUUUAAAAAUAAGUAAGAAAUAUUUUUGCAAUAUGUUCUGUAAGUUUUAUUAAGUGAAAUCCCGAACGUACUUCUAAUUUUUAAGUUUUUUGAAAAACUCUCUGAAAUUCUAAAUAAAGUGUUCAAAUCACUCAAUUCUCAUAUCUCAAAAUAUAGGUAUUUGCUACUAUUUGUAUUCUGCACCCGAAUGUGAUAAAUUUUCGCGAGUUUUUUCAGCAACACCCAAACCAAAACUCGUAGCAACUACAAUUAGAACGACAUUUGCUCCAAAAAAAUUGAAAACGUUCACAACAACAGCACGAGCACCGAUGAGUACUUCACGAAGUCUUUCGAAGUACGAAAAAGACAGUGUUGACGGUACUUUUCAAUUUUUCUUUUUUGAUCCUGUCGAAAAAUAUUUUCAGGAGAUGAGGAAGAGGAAGAACCACUACAAGAAAACCAUUGUGUUUACCGUCACCUAAACGACGAACUUUAUCGAUACUGUCUUUUAGUCCACCAGGGAAGCAGCCGAGAUGGAGACAGGUCUGUUUUUUUUAUUACAACUUUGAAACGUGAAGAAAGCUUUUUUCUCGACUUGGACAAGUAUACAACUUCUGCAACCUACUGAACAAUCAAAAAUCGGAAACUUUUCGAUCUGGUCAUGUUUCUGAGCAUCUUAAAAAUCGUUUAUGUAUAAAUUUUCCGACAAUAUAACUUUUAAUUUUUUUUUUAAUCGAUUUUUUUUGUUCUUUUUCUCACGCCUCUGUGCCCCAAGUGGAUGAGAGAAGGUUCUAUCCGGAUAUCAGUGAUAAUCAGUGGAUUGGCUUGAGUGACCUAUCCGCCCUUGUGUGUGACGACUGGGAAUUUUUGAUGUCGUGGUACCCACUAUAAAAAUAUCUGGAGCUCUUCGGUUAUUUGCGGCGCGGAUCGAACAUGUGAUCCUGUGAACCGUAGACCGGCAUACAACCUGUUCGCUAUGGCUCACCUCUUAAAUCGAUUUUUCAACUCCAUUUGAAACAAAACUUUGUAAUUAUUUUCAAGCGUAGAAACUUUGCAAUAUCCCUUUUUAAAUAAAAUUCCGGCAAGUCGUAGUGUUUCAAAACAUAGAGUUUCAGGUGCUACCAACACGAAGGACACACAAUUUGCUGUUGCUUCGUUCCCCCUGGUAAAUCCAGAUCUCAAUAUUGGAGCAACUUUCCCUUAUAGAUCAGGAAACGUGCGACCCGACUGCGAUGGAUUUGAUAGUUCCUCCGCCGCCGUCGCCCGUACCUCCUCAACGUGUCUUGGUACUCGAUCUUUUAAAUAACCACAAAGUUGACUCAUCUUUUUGGGUUUUUAUUAUCAGUGAAACUUUAUGGAGUUUCAGAACUUCUUCCGUUUUCCUUCCCAUCUUUCCAGUCUUUUUAAGUUUAAGGAAGUGGGAUCAAACUACUACUCCUUUUUUUCUUACAAAGAAACAUUUUAUGGCCGCGGUUGAACUUUCGAUGAAAUUAUGCUGAAUUGCACAGCAGAACCUCCUCAUUCCAGAACAAGAAAAACUUUAUUCGCAAGAGUGAAGAGCCUUUAAAAUUUGCAAAUUACAAAAAUAAUGGGAAAAACGUUAUUUUUGAGGUUAGAAGCUUUAUAGCUAUUUUUUUAGAAUCAGGAAGUUUUGAAGUACAUUUUAGCCAAGUUUCAUCAAAAAAUAACCCGCGUGCAAAAAAAUGUUCCCUUGUGAGCUAUAGGCCAUCCGCGCCAGCUUGUCAUGUUUUUCUUUCCGCCAAAAGACCAGGUCAAAUUUUACCAACUUCGCUUCAAGACCUUUGUUUAUUGCCGUUAUAAAAGCAGAAAUUUGAUCUAAUUUGGUAUACGGUCUUUUUGGCGGAAAGAAAAACGUGACAAGCUGGCUAUAAUUGUCUUCUUUUCUCACUCACGUCUGUAGCAUUGCAGGUGACCGCUGCGCCAAUUGCCAUAACGACUACUUCGACGACGUCAACCUCGACCACCACUACGACCACCACUACCUCUACAACCACUACGACGGCAGCUCCGACCACGACGCAUGGCAGUUCGACGGCCGCCAACAGAACUUUGUCACGUACCAAAACAGGCACUUCGGUUUUCAGAGAACGGAAACCUUUGUUGCCGCGCCGAAAUGAAAACAAGUGAAAUUUUAAUUUGAUUUCAAAAAACCGAAGAUUUCUAAGGUGUCGGGUCAAAUACGUCAGAGCCAAAACGGGAUCCAGAACGCGGCCAGUCCUUGUGUGUGAUGACGUCACUCCAAGGACUCCCAAUAUAUUUCUCUUUGGCACUAUUAUUACCUUUUUAAUGUUUAAAUUGUUGUGAUAUCUUCUUUAAAGAUUUUUAACUAUUAAUUAUAACUAUUCAAUAAAUAAUUUGAAGAUGAACUCACCUUUUUUACAUUAAAUGAAUACACGUACCAAGAAAUUUCAUUUCUCAUUGAAGCAAUGGUUGAAGUGGACAGCAAACCCGAAUUCUGCAACAGCAACACGAAGAUCCUGAAGCCAGUUCCCAUGAAGGUCGGUUCAUCGUCAUCUUCUAAGUUCUGUAAAUAAGAAUGUAAAUGUGAGCUAUAGAGAGAUUAUUCUUUCAAACGAAUUUUCCAAAAAUAUCUUUUCGUCAAUUUUUUAUCUACAGGUGACAAUGGCCCUUUAAUAAGGCUGCAUUUUUUUUUUGACUUCUUUUUCUAUCUUUUAGAUCAAAAAAAUAUCAAAAAUCGUCCCGCGCAAUAAAAAAUCGACGCGAAAAGGUACCAUCUCAGCAGGGGCGGAGUUAGCUGGCAUUCAAAAUCUGAAUAGACUAUAUAGUCUGUGUGCCAUGACUCGAAAUUUCACGGAACAACAUUCCGCUGUUCCGCUGCGUGUGUUCGCAAAGCGUCUUUCGAACCUAGUUCACGUUUUCAAUUGAUUGUUAUUGAUGUGGGAGCACAUGAAAGUAGAAUGCCUUAAUAAAAGAAAAAAAUUAAAAGCGCGACCAAGGUUCGUUCGCAAAGGCGCGCAGCGGCACAGCGGAAUGUCGUUCCGUGAAAUUUCAUGUCGCGGCACACAGACUAUACAUCGAUCACGGUUUUUGAGCGACAUCUUCAUUAGAUUUUUUGUUCGGAAAAUAAACAAAUUUGAAACGACAACUAAAAUUUUCAAUGGUACCAAUUCAGUUUUAAUAAUUUAGUUCUUGCAUACGUCAUAAAGUCUUAAAAAUGGCCUAAUUGGAGAAAUCUGUCUUAAUUAAGUAAAAAGGAAAAAAUAUUUCCUGUAAUUUUUAUUCGUUAAUGUCGAAAACAGCCGUGCUCGUUUUAUUAAAUAGAAAAGACGGUCAGAAAUGGUCUAGUAUGGCCAGUGGAGACGAGGCAGUGCAAACCGGACUGAUCUCUGUAGGUCUGAACUGAUGAACUGAACCUGCUCUUCAUUGUUUUCGAAAAACAUGAUCAAUGAGACGACUGUAGAAAUUAUAGCUGAUUGACGGCUGGCUUGAGCCAUCAAAAAAAGGGUUCUGACACGAUGAUAAAAGAGAUAGUGCCUAGUUGAUGAAAAGCGCAGGCACGCCAUGCCCCCUCAGCGUCCCAAGUUAGCCGUGAAUCGACUAUAGAGUCUUGCGAUUUCAAAAGUACCGAAAAAACAUUACAGUUAAUUUUUUUCCCAACUUAUCUCUUUAAUUUUCCCAUCUUAUCUUUUUGAUUCGGUGGUACCUCAAUUUUGUUUUCAAAAAUUUUAACUUGUAUAUAACCAGUCAAUCUUUGAUGAUAGUAUGGAUCCAUGGCGUCCGAACGAGAAGUCGUCAAGCCGCCGCAAAAAGGACUCUUCGCGCGACUUGCCAGUUAUAUUGCGCCGACCACCGAAGCACAGCCAGUUCGAGGUUGUCAAUACUUCCAUAGAAGUACAAUCCGAUUGUAGAAGCACAAAGAAUGCAGCUGAUCAACUGCUGGGCGGACGUCGAGCCUCGGAAGCUCAACAUCAUCAUCUGCAACUAUCUCUACGACGAAAACGCACAUUCCGGACGUAGCGCAAUGUCAGCUUUUCAUCCAAAACUCAAAUAUAGUGCAUUACUGGAAAGUUUGGUCAGAGAAAUUUUGCUGUUUAUCCUUAGAAAGUUUCUGAAACAUUGGCUAGAACUCCUUUGAUGAGCUUUUUUUUUUUUAAGAAAAAGUUUUGUGCCGAAGGGACGAAAAUUAAAUUAAUUAUCUUGGUUAGAAAAAACAAGGCAGGGAAGCCAGUCUAUCAAGUAGUCUAGAAACAUCCAGUUCUUGGAAUUAUAAGCUCCAAAACCGAAGAGUACCCAUAUUCCGAAAGUUAUUGAAUAACCUGUAUUCAAAAUUGUUUAAAGGUGGGCGGAAAUGGAACGCGCGACAAGCAUGCGACGGGAGAGUAUUUUGUACACGGGAAUCGCAGCCGUCUUUCUUGUGCUUCUGGCACAGGACGCAGUAGGAAUGGUCCUCGUCUUGAUGGUCUGACCUUCACUUGAAUUAUUCCAAUUCCUUCGGUUUUCAGACUCUUCUCUUUCCUGCCGCUGCCACCAUUCUGGCGCUGCUUCCUCCGAGCGCUCAAGCCGCGCCGGCUCCAAUGCAUCCCUCCGAGAUCAGCGAGCGCAUGGUGAACUCAAUCAAGCUUAGAAAAUAAUAAGUUCAACUUUCUAGCAAACACUAACGUUUCUUAUGCGCUACUGGACCAUAUAUGGUAUAUUCCUGACGUUAGAGAAAGCAGUAGAAUCGUAAGAUUUUCGUCAUUUGGAAAAGCAAAAAAGUUACUUCAGUUUGAUCAAAUGCGGCGAGAUGCGGCUCGUCCGACUGAUUUUCCUGUCGUUGUGCCUUCUCCCUCACUUGCCGCUACUCGACUUUGUCUUCAGUUUGUCCAGAGAUCCCUCUCAGACUCCAUAAUGGUUUCAGGUAUCGUAUUGAGCAUCGUGAAACGGCUUCGGUCUUUCUUCGAACAGUACAAUUACUACCUGGUCGCGCAUUCCUGACGUCUCAAAUGUUUCUUCGAUUCAUAAAUAAUUCCCAACAUCGUUUCACUUUUUGAACUUCAGAGAGAUUCACAUAAUCAAAAAUCUUCGCAAGAGAAAAAAAAUGUACUCUGGUUAUUUUCCAUGUCUCCGGAAGAUUAUUCUUUCUUGUAAUUUCAUAAAAAGUCUCUUUUUUUAAAGAUUUUUAUUUGAAAUCUUCUUCGAUCUGAAAGCCGUUCGAUUGCGACAGCAAGAGGCUUACAGAAAUCCGGCUGCAAUCAAUAAACUUUAUUUUCAUUGUCCAUAUGAAGGAGUUUUGAAAAUAAAAUUUCCUGUGAGAACGAAAAAACAAUUUUAUUUUCAUCACGACGGCCCUCUGCAGAAAGGAAAUUUCCUCCCUGGAUCUACCUAUGGUUAGCAAUAAAAUAAAGACGCAAUAAGGAGAAGAAUUCAGCAAAUGGGGCAGUUCGAUUGCGGCAAUCAUGGACGCCAGAAGGGAAGGAAACAACCUGAGCUCCGUCAUUAUCCAACUCCGUCUCCCGUACGUUGCUCCCGCUACUUCAUUUUUCUACGAGGUUUUGUUUCAUUUUUACUCAAAUUCCAAGUCCGAUCCAAAAUUAUAAGAAAUCACUGUGUUAAAAAAAAUGGAGGCAGCUUCCUUUCUUUAUGGGGACAUGAAGGCCAGAACCGCCGAAGCGGAUCUGAUUUUUAAAUAUAUCUUGAAGCAAUGCUGCAUUAACGUGCAUUAAAACAUUUUAGGAUAUUGAAAAACAACCUGGAUACAUUGAGGUUUGUGAGAAUUUUGCAAAAAAAAUAAUUUCCACAGAAGAGUGAGAGAUUUUAUGUUGGCGAAAGUCAGAAGUGUGAAUGUGGCUUCUCAUUUUGUUCACCUCAAAGUAUCCGUUUUUUUCACGAAAAUUACCCAAAACGCAUCUUGAUGUACUUUAUAAUAAUCUUGUGAGCCUCAGUCUGCGAAAAUUCCCAGUUUUAAAGAACCGACGCCUCAAAAUUACUCUUUGAGAACAUCAUGAGGUAUGAAGAACUUUAAGAGAUUGUUCAAUACUUAAAAUUAGCAAACUUUGUAGGUUGAGAGUUUUGUGGGUUUUCAUCUGAUUCAUGAAAGUAUUUUCCAGUAAAUUCCGUAGCUCUGAAUAGAGUGAUCUUACUUGGGAAUAUUCCAUCAGAAGAAAAAAGUAGCCUACAGAAACCAUCUGAACAUUUCAAUUGUGGUCCACUCAGCGGCUUGUUGAACUAGUCCCACUCUAUUGUUGUCACCGCGCGAUUCGUAGGGGAAAAAAAGCGCAUAAUGCUACCUGAUAAUAAAAAAUUUGAUGGCCGACGUUAUGGACAAAAGGUGUUGGAAUAGAAUAUAAGCAAAAUUAUUCCAGGAGACGUUAUGUUGGGCAAGGUUGUUGAGGUUGCCGACGUCGCCACGUCGAUACCCAAGCUCUCGCCUUCUCCUUUGACUCCUCGUUCGGUCCAAGAUGUAUUAUUAUCUUAUAUUUUUCGUUGCUUUUUUCUUUUCACAUUUUCUACUGAUCUCAAUUAAUUUUUCAUUUGAAGUUUUUUUCAAGUCUUAUUUCGGGUUUUUUUGUAGGCUGUGCAAAAAGCCAUGGAGCAUGAGAUACUAAAAAAAUAAAAAAAUGUCAAAAAAAGGGCUGGCAAAUGAGAAUUUUAUACCGAUCUGCUCAAGAGGGCAAAUAUUUUACUCCGAACCCUGGAAUUUUCCGAAAACAUGCCAAACUGCAUGAGGAUCAUGGGAGUCUCGUACUGAAUGACUAUUCAUUUCUGCUAAAAAAAAACACGCCUCAAUCAUCGCUUUUUUGGACAAUGCAAUAAACAUUUUUUUUUAUGUUUUUAAUAUAGUCUGUUCUGCGGGUUUCGACUCUCCAGAACUUAAAAUAGUUCCAUUUAAAUAAUCACGAAGGUCCAAAAAGCGCAGUAAAAUUACUUUUCUUAUUUGACUAUCAAUUAUUCUACAGCUCCCUAUCGUUGAAUUCGAAGCAAACGAAAAUCAGAAAUUCAGGCGAUCGAAGAAGACUUGCCGGAAAAGAAUACACUCGAAAAGAAGCAUCCACGAAGGUUCAGUCUUGCUCACCAGGUUGGUCAACUCCUGGCGCUUCUCUCAGGUUUCUCGGAUUGAGGCCAGUUGCGAGACACAGCAUUUGGCGGGUCUGCGGCGUCAAAACACCCUUCAACACCGACGGCAGCUCAACAACGAAGUAUCACUUCGAGGGCAAAAGGUGCUGUUCAGUGAAGACAAAAACAAAUUCAAUACUUUGAGAUCCUACAACAACUUAACGACGAGGGCGUCGAGCUCAUCUGGACGGCCGACCACGACCGAAUCCUCUCAUUCUCUGCGGUAAUGAGCAGCACAGGUCACAAACCCACCUACUUGAAAAGCUGAAAAGAUUUCAAUUAUUUUUCAGCGUCUCUCUGUUCUUUUGUCGCCGAUGUCGUGCAUGCAUUUGAAGCAGCUGACUUGAGUAUUCGACAUCUUGAAUCUCGAGUCAACAAAGGUUGUUUCCGAUAGGAUUCAUUUGGAAACAAGAUCUGGCCAUCUUCAACUCUUUUUUCGGAAAAAAAAAAGACUUUACAUAAACUCUUACACUCGAACUCUUCUCUUUUCUCAAGACUCAAGGUCAAAAAUAUCUCGGGAAUUAUCCUUUAAAAAAUUUUUCCACAAAGAGUCGCUUCCAAACUUCUGAAUUUUGAGUGAUGGGGCAAGCGUUUUACAAAAAAAGCGUGCAUACCUUUAUAAAUUUGAAAAUUGAAGAAGUAACGAUUUAUGAGGAAAUUUCAUCUAGAUCUUCAGAAACUUUUGGAAGGUUGACAGAAAAUUUAGAAAAAAAUUUGUGAAAUGCUAUUUUUUCAGAUGGAAAAGGUUACGACGUGCUGAGCGAGUGUGAAGGAACUCGUCAGCAGCUGCUGGAAGCGGCGUCCAAAUUGACGCAGUCUCAUCGGGACCUCACGGCCUUCGGCAUUUACAAGCAAAAAAGAGAAGAGCCAGGUGGACUAGCCUGCUUACAAGUUUAACGGAAUCUAUGCCUUUUAUAGAGAUUUGGUUUCCUCGACACAUCAGUGACCUGGACAAGUGCUCGCGCUGCGUCACCAAGUACGAGCCAACGACAGACCCACGUCAUCCGGUGAGUUUGAAUGAUUUAUUUAGAUGUGCAGGUUGCUUGCAGGGACAUGGAGACGAAGCCUACAUCGCACGACGACAAUUCCUCAACGAUCUAGCUCUCGAAUACAAGCAGUAAGUUUCUAUGCGUCGUUAGUUAUCAAUUCGAAAAUAGUGGUGACGAAAUUCCACUGGUUGAUUACACUGAAGCGGAGCACCAAACGUGGAAAGCCGUCUAUGAAAAGCUACGAGAACUUCACGUCUCUCACACGUGCACAGCUUACAGGUUUUUUCCGCAGUUUCUGAUUGUACCUGCAUAACCAGGCAAAGUUCGUGGGUGGAGCUGAAAAAGGUCCCUCCAAUGAAAAUUUAAUUUUUCGAGGCUCAAAAAAAAAAAAAAAAAAUGGAAAAAGGGUAAGGCAGCAAAAAGAAAACUUUUUCUACCUUUUUAGAGGAACUCUAAGCGCCCUUCGAACUUUUCCUGUUUAGGAUAAGCUUAAACUUCACGUUCAGAGAAAAUCUCAAGAUGCUCGAAGAAGAAAAUGUGUUGAACAGCGAGCGCAUUCCACAGAUUCGCGACAUUAACAAGUUCUUACAGAGUAAUUUGUCUUGUCGGGCCGAAAAAAAUUUUGAGAGACUACAGAAAAAUCGGGCUUCAUUCUGCGGCCAUGUAGUGGUCUUCUCUCCGCCCGCGACUUUCUCGCCAGCUUGGCCUUCCGCGUCUUUCAAGUUGAGAAGAGUCGCAUCCGACAUGAAGAGAACAUCCUUUCAGACCACGACAUACCUGAGGCAUUCCGAAAGUCCCCACCAUUCACCUGAGCCCGAUCUCAUCCAUGAACUCCUCGGACACGUGCCUAUGUUCGCAGAUCCUAUUUUGGCGCAGAUGAGCCAAGACAUCGGUCUAAUGAGCCUUGGAGCCAAUGACGAAAAGAUUGAGAAGCUGGCAACUGUCUAUUGGUGUGUUUUUGGGUAAUAAUCUCCAAAACUUUUUGAAUUGUAAACGUAUAAAAAAGCUAAAAAUCGUCGAAAUAGUUUUCACUGAUCACGGCGUUUUUUUCUACGACGCCACGCCCCACUUUCCUCCGUAAAGUGUCGUGUGUCGUGUGCAUGCACUGCGCCGCAUUCGCGCAGAAAAUUGCGUUUAUAUAGAGAAAUUUCGAUUCUUUUUGAAUACCUCUGGCAAUACGGUGGCCUGUGCUUUUAAUAUGCCCUGUUAAUUACGUUCUAAGAGCCGAAAUCUCUGCCGUCCCCAUGACGGAACGGCGGAUAUUUUGGCUCCGCCCACUGUGUUUUUGGUUUCGCAUUUUCUUCCACUAACAAAAAUUUCGUGUGAUUUCAAAGAAACUUUUUCAAAAUUUGCCUUUUGAAUGAAAAUUACGGCGAGGGGUUAGUAUAAAUGAUGAAUAACAGACCUUAAAGGAAAAAUUUUAAAUUUUUAAAGUUUUUACUUCUGAAGGUUUAUCAUCGAGUUUGGACUUUGUCGAGAAGAUGGACGGCUGAAAGCCAUUGGCGCAGGUCUUUUGUCGGCCUAUGGCGAGUUGAUGGUAUCUCGCUUCAAGACCAGGCUCUCGGAUUCGAAUCGUUUCAGCACGCGUGCUCAGACGUUCCGCAGCACAAAGACUUUGACCCAGAGGUCACUGCUCUCCAAACCUACGAAGACUCGGACUACCAGCCGCUCUACUUUGUCGCCGACAGUCUGCACGAAGCCCUCUCCAAACUAAAGUUCGGUUUCUUUUCCAAAUCACGUCGAACAGCAGACAAUAUCAGGAAGUACGCUUCGUCGAUGGACCGCCCAUUCUCCGUGAUUUACAACCCGUUCACCAGCUCCGUCGAGACCAUUCGAUGCACCGGCGACCUCGAACAAGCGUUUGGUCGGGUGAGCGAUGAGCUAGGAGCCAUCUCACACGCCGCAGAACACAUCAAAAAAAGCACCUAG